UGUCGAUAAUAAAGUUCAUCAAUUUACGAGUAAGGAAGGAGUCGCAUGAUUUUGCACUUCGCCGGCGGCGAACGAUGCCUACAUAUGCUGCCACGCUUCUCCGCCCGGAUGACCUCAUUAUCCGGCUGACUUCCUCAGCGUCUGACGGCGACGAUAAGCUCAAGGCCCUUAGAUAUCUGAAGAACCAGAUCAUCGGAAACCGCACUAAGAAGCUCUCUUACAUCAAGCUCGGGGCUGUACCCGCUGUUGUCUCUAUCCUUUCCGAUUCCUCCGCUGGGAAUUGUGAAGCAUCUCUCUCUCUCCUCGUGCAGGCGGUGGCCACCAUAGGAAGUUUCGCAUGUGGCUUGGAUACAGGCGUCAAGGCGGUUAUUGAUGCCGAAGCUUUGCCUAUCCUAUUUUCUUUAAUCAACUAUCCAAAUGAGAAGAUUGUAGAUGCUGGUACUCGUUCCCUUAAAUUGAUCUAUCAGUCCAAACUGGCUCCCAGAUAUAAUUUUUUCCAAGAAAAGAAUAUGGAAUCACUCCUAUUACUACUCAACAGUGAGAAUGAAAAUGUAAGUGGGCUUGGUGCUAGCAUCAUAACUCAUUCUUGUAGGACAAGCAUUGAGCAGAAGGCACUAAGUGAAACUGGAGUUCUAAAGAAGCUUGUUAGUCUUCUUGGUGGUUCUUUAUGUCAGAGAGAGGCAAGCUUAGAAUCCCUGGCAACAAUUACCAAGGGAAAUCCAGAAGUAAUCUCACAGCUUGUGGGUCUUGAAGAAAAAGCAUUAAGUAUCAUAACUGAACUAACGAAAGAUAAGUAUCCCCGAAUUAGGUUGCUUGCCUGUGUGUUUUUGCUUGCUUUAAGGAAUACAUCUCCUUGUUAUCUGGAAGAUACUGGAAUCACGACUAAGUUGGUGCUAAUAUUGCUUGAUAUUCUUGAUGAUCCUGGUCAAGUUGGGGAUGAAGCUCCUUUUGCCUUGUCAAAUUUGGUUGCUGGAAAUAAGGAUCUGCAAAAUCUAGCAUUUGAGGCCAAUGCUGUUGAUAAACUAUGUGAUUGCUUGCAGAAAGCGGUACUGCAGCCCAGACGUGUGCAAGGAAUAUUCCUGGCAUUGGCAGGUUUAUGCUCCACGCUGGAAAAAUGCAGGUCAAGACUUCUUUCGCUGCAGGUCUUUAACUUAGUAAACAGUGCACUGACUCAUAGGAGCUCUGACGUACAUGAAGCAGUAUGCAUAUUUUUUAAGUGCAUCUCUCGGUCAAUAAAGGUUCAUAAUCCAAAGUUUCUUAGUUUGAGUUUGAAGCAUAAUACUAACCCCAUUAAUGAAAUCAUUCAGAAUCUCAGUGCAGAUCACUUUAUUAAUGAAACGAAUAUCAGUCUGCUGGUUGAACUUUUGAAUGACACUUCUACUUCUGUCCAGAUUGCUGCUCUUGGUGCUAUUAGCAACAUAGUGAUUGAUUUUACAACGAAUAAGUUAACUAUCAUUCAAUGCGGAGGAUUGAGAGAACUUGUUCAAUUAUCAAAAUCAAUGGAUUCAAGUCUUAGACUCAAUGCUGUAUGGGCACUAAGGAACUUGAUAUUUCUUACAGACAGACAAUUUAAAGAAGUGGUUAUGCUAGAACUCACGUCAACAGCACUGUUGAGUCUGAUUUGUGACUCUGAGACUUCUGUACAAGAACAAGCUCUGGCUUUUGUGCGGAAUCUGGUUGAUGGACCAUUGGAGUGCAUUGAUUAUGUCUUUGCUGAGGGAGGUCUACUACUGCAAGCUGUUUGUAGACAAAUACGGAGUGCUCUUAAAGAUGAGGUUUUGGUUCAGGGAUUGUAUAUCCUUUGCAACGUGGCAUCUGGUAAUGAAUUUCACAAGGAAGCUGUAAUGCAAGCACUUCUUUACCCGAUAGACAACAGCCAGCCAAUGAUUCUAAGAUUCUUGCAGAGUUCCAAUAGCCAACUGCAAACAGUUUCUACGUGGGCGAUAAUAAAUCUCAUAUCUCCAAGCAGCCCAGGUUCAUCCGAUCGAGCUGUAAAACUAAAAAACAUCGGCAUAAUUCCUCAAUUGAAAAUUCUGGUUAAUGAUUCUUGCCUUGAUGUAAAGCUUCGUGUUAAAACAGCACUGGGGCUAUUUAUGAACAUUGAGGAUGGCGCAGCAGAAUGACCAUCUAUUUGAACCCUUUCACACAUGUAUGGUAUGAAUCCUUCAAUUUUUAAUGCCAGAGUUUCUACUAGUUGUGAAUUGAAAAGGAGAACUUGUCGUCUUUAUUGAAUGGCCAGAAGGGUUCUUUUAGGGUUUAGGGUAAAGAAGUGAGAAUAGGAAAAAGGAGAAACCGAAAUAUGGGAUGUGAUUGAAUUUGGCUUUGUAAUCCUGAUGUGUUAUAAUUUUUGUGCACUAAACUGUCAAAAUUCUCAAUUCCUUAUAUGCUUUUUGUCUGCUAGGUGAUUGGUUUCUCAAUUUCUAAAAAAAGAAAUUUGUAUAUUGGCCUUGCAAUUUUAA